AUGGAAGCUUCGGGUAACAGGAGCUGGCACAAUGGCUACCUCAAGGUUGACCAAUUUCUCUGGAUCUGCCCAUUUGGUUCGUGUAGGGUUGGAGACACCUCUGUUCGUGUCAGGGACUGUCCAAAGCAAGAGAGGUUCGCUAUGAGUAUUUGCUACAGGGUAGUUCCUGACACGGACAGAGGUGGAAGCAAAGAGCACUGCCGUCAGACUGGAAAGAACUACACAACUUUCCCCAGGGUUCUAGGGAAAGGAUGUGAGGUGUACACCAUAGGUUUUGAUUUCCUAACUGGAAAACCCAACAUGGAAUGGAAUAAUGACACUUCUCAAAACAAGACAGACUAUUAUGGGGAUUAUGUUUUGGACAUAGAAGAUGAGGACAACAAUGAAUAUACUUUCACUGAUCCAUACGUUUAUAUACCCACAAUGUGCAUCAUAUGGUACAGUGUCACUUUAGUUUUGGGGGUCAUCGGAAAUGGUUUGGUCAUCAUUUUCAUUGCCGGUUUCAGGGUAAAGACUGUCAACACCGUGUGGUUCCUAAACCUGGCCAUCGCUGAUCUCAUCACUUGUUUGUCUCUUCCUUUGCGAAUUUCCGAGUGGGCUUUGUUCUGGGAGAUUCCUUACGAUAAUUUCUUGUGUAAGGCCGGUAUUACUAUUUUGUUCCUAAAUAUGUUAUGCAGUGUGUAUUUUAUGACCAUCAUCCACAUUGAUCGAUGUGUUUGUAUUUUUUGGCCAAUAUGGACCAAACUUUACAGGACCCCUCGGUUGGCAGCCAUCAUUGCUUUACUUAUUUGGAUAUUGAGUCUUCUCAUAAGUAUCCCUUAUGUGGUGUUUAACCAUGCCUUUGAGGAUGUAACUGAGUGCUAUCCAAAAUAUUCCAGAUCUAACGAAAAUCAUACGUUAAAAAAACGGAAAGCCAUGUUCAUAACCAAAAAUAUCACCAUGUUUGCCUUCCCUUUUGCCAUUAUUCUCACAUCCUAUCUGCUACUUUUUUUCAAGUUGAGAAAAAUUAAGAAAUCUAGUAGAUCCCGGCGGCCUCUUCAAGUCAUCACCUCUGUCAUAGUAUGUUUCUUCAUAUGCUGGUUUCCAUAUAACACAUGGCCAUUUGUAAAAUUCAGUGACCAAUUAAACAGAAUAGAUAUGGUCAUUACGGAAGUAUCGAUCUGCCUGGCUUACUUCAGCAGUUGCAUCAACCCCAUUCUUUACAUUAUAUUUUCCCGAGAUUUUGGAAAAAAUUUUAGGAGGUCCAUACCGUCCAUGUUGGAGAAAGUUCUUAAUGAAAGGUCAGACAUUGAUUGUGGGGUCAGUACAGUUACCACCAAUGCUGUAAACCAUGGUCCUUUACUCCUAUGA